GCCUUAAUAAGAUAAAUAGCACGUCGUAGAGAAAAAAGAAAAAUCAGUUUUCCACUGUUUACCCCGCACCGCACGUCUCCCUGUCUUCAACGUCAAUAAUCUCUCUUCGUUCUAGAGCUUUUCAAUUCUCUGUUUCUCUUGUUUCUCUUUAUUUAGGUUUUUGGUUUUUGAUAAUCUACCGUGGCUAGGUUUAUUUUUAGUCAAGCGAGCUUGCUCGGGUUCAGUUUUGAGAAUUUCGAAGGAGAGAUUGAUUUCUUUUCAUUUCUCUCUUCGAAUUCUCUUUCUGCUUUAAAUUUGACGGUAGGGAUCACAUCGUUUAUUGAAAUCGCCCUUUCCUUAGAUGGACAGUACAGAGACGUAAAAACUAGCUUCCUUUUCUGUGGGAUUCAGUGUUUUCGGAAGGGAAUAUAUAAAUUCUCAUAUUGAUUUGUUUAAGUGGGUGAAAAAAGGAUUACCAGUGUUUGUUCACGAUGGAAGCUUAUAUGAGUUCGAUUGGCUCGAAACUGCAAAUGUUGUACACAUCUGAUCAUGCCUCUGUGGUCUCUAUGAACUUGUUUGUUGCGCUUCUUUGCGCUUGUAUUGUAAUUGGUCAUCUUCUAGAGGAGACUCGGUGGAUGAACGAGUCAAUCACUGCUCUUAUAAUUGGUGUUGGUACAGGGAUUGUUAUCUUGCUGAUCAGUGGAGGAAAAAGCUCACGACUUUUAGUCUUUAGCGAGGAUCUUUUCUUUAUAUAUCUUCUCCCGCCUAUCAUAUUUAAUGCUGGGUUUCAGGUGAAAAAGAAGCAUUUCUUCCGUAAUUUCAUGACAAUUAUGCUAUUUGGUGCUGUUGGUACAUUAAUAUGCUGUGCGAUCAUAUCAAUAGGAGCUAUGCAAAUAUUUGAGAAAAUGGAUAUCGGUCCACUAGAUAUAGGGGAUUAUCUAGCAAUUGGUGCCAUAUUCGCUGCAACGGAUUCUGUUUGCACAUUGCAGGUGCUUAGUCAGGACGAUACACCUUUGCUCUAUAGUCUGGUUUUCGGGGAGGGUGUCGUAAAUGAUGCUACAUCAGUGGUGCUUUUCAAUGCAAUCCAGAGCUUUGAUCUUACUAAUAUCAAUGCUGUAAUUGCCUGGGAUUUUGUUCGCAACUUCCUUUAUUUAUUUCUUACAAGCACUAUGCUGGGCGUGCUAACUGGGCUAGUUAGCGCCUACAUCAUCAAAAAGCUAUAUUUUGGCAGGCACUCAACAGAUCGUGAGGUUGCUCUUAUGAUACUCAUGGCAUACCUUUCAUACAUGCUAGCUGAACUGUUCUAUUUGAGUGGCAUUCUCACUGUAUUUUUCUGUGGGAUUGUGAUGUCUCAUUACACCUGGCAUAAUGUGACUGAGAGUUCAAGAAUCACUACCAAGCAUGCUUUCGCAACCUUGUCAUUUGUUGCCGAGAUUUUUAUCUUCCUUUAUGUUGGUAUGGAUGCCUUGGACAUUGAGAAGUGGAGAUUCGUUAGUGAUAGCCCCGGGACUUCUGUUGCUGUGAGCUCGAUACUACUAGGUCUCGUUAUGGUUGGAAGAGCAGCAUUUGUUUUCCCCUUAUCCUUUGUGUCCAACUUAUCUAAGAAAUCACCUAAUGAGAAGAUUGGCUUCAGGCAGCAAUUUAUAAUAUGGUGGGCUGGUCUGAUGAGAGGCGCUGUGUCAAUGGCACUUGCAUACAAUAAGUUCACAAGUGCUGGGCACACCAACCUAAGAGCAAAUGCUAUAAUGAUCACCAGCACCAUUACUGUUGUUCUUUUCAGCACAGUGGUGUUUGGUUUGAUGACUAAACCUCUUAUAAGUAUUUUGCUGCCUCAUCCAAAGUACCAAUCAAGAAGCUUAUCAUUUUCAUCAGAUCCAGCUACUCCAAAAUCAGUUACAGUGCCACUUCUUGGAGAGGGGCAGGACUCCUUAGAUGAUCUAGGUGGCCGUGACAUUCCCCGUCCAAGCAGCUUACGUGCACUCUUAACCACUCCAACACACACUGUUCAUUACUACUGGCGCAAAUUUGAUGAUGCCUUCAUGCGCCCUAUGUUUGGUGGCCGGGGUUUUGUUCCCUUUGUUCCUGGCUCACCGACAGAGCGGAAUCCUCCUCAGAAUCAAUGGCAUUGAAAAGAAAGCCAAGCAAGAUGUACAAAAUAUUUGUAAGUUGUAAGCAUUGUGAGAAUAAUGAAGCCCUGCUACUUCUUUGAACCUACUGCUGAAGAUUUUGACAGGAUUUUGGCAUUCUUGUUUGGAAAGCAGUGUAUCAUAUUUUGUAAUUAGCUUUGCGAUGUAGUAUAUGUUAGCUGUCAGAUUAGGUGUGCCUGAUCAUUAAUUUUUCUUUUUGUUUGUUUUAUGUAAUGUAUUGCCCUUUUUUUC